AUGCCUGGGCUCUACUUCUCCGCGGCGGCCAUCAUGGAUGCUCCUCUGCCACCGCAGCCGAUCCAGAGGGUGGAGGACUUCACCUCUGUGGGCGCCACCACUCGAGGGAGGAGGAGGAUACAACCCACGUUGUGCCCGCGGAUGGACCCGAUCGUCCAUUACGUGACACGUGAGUGGCCAAAGCCCCUAGCAGCCAAGAGGCCUGCUCUGGGGUACGGCAUGUACUGCAGCGGGCAGGACUGGUCCUGGACCGGUGGUGUCCCGGACGUCGAGGAUUCAGUCCGCAUGGCCCUGCACCCCUCCGCAUCCGUGUGGCCCGGCACCAGACCUCUCCUUCCCUCCGAGCGGGACAGGAUGUCUUUGGCGAUGCUGGAUAGAUGUUAUGCCAAUGCGGCACAGGUCGUCGCAUUGGCUAACAACAUGGCAUUCAUCACGGGGGUCCUGGAUAGGUCACUCUCCUCUGGCCAGGCGCUCAGUGGAGACCUCCUAUCACAGGCGAGGACUACCUCGGCGGCAAUCCUGCGCAUGUGCCAGGCGCUAGCCGUGAAUGGUGGCCGCUCCAUGGCUGCAGCCCAAGUCGGGGCCAGGCACCUUUGGCUUGGGCUGGCUAAUCAGGGAGGUGGAGAAGAGGCAGCUGCUGGACCUGCCCAUCUCCCAGACGUCCCUAUGCAGGCCCUGGUGGCGAGACUGGAGUCUGCAGCCAACGACUCGGCUAGGCUAGCCCCACACCUAGCACCGAGGCGCGAGGCCCACCAACCAUCACGGAGCCGGGACAGAGGCAGAGAGCGUUCGCCCGGGAGGCGUCCUGACCCGUAUCCACGCUCUGUUGUCCAUCGUCCCCCCUCGACGAGGCCCCCGGGUCCAGACAGACCCACGGGUGGCUCGCGGGAGCAACGCACCCACCGCCGGCCUCCCUAUGGUAGAGGAGGCCGGGGUGGCAAGAAUUCUUUCAAUAAAGGCCGACCGGGAUUUCAUCAGUACUUGUUGUCUGAGUCUCAUUUGGGGGUACGUAACAUGUCUAAUGUGAAAUCUGAUUGUGUUACUUCCCGGGCCCAUAACGUUGCUUCGCUAGGCCUGCAGCCCCCAGAGCAGGGUGUGCAGUGCGCUACGCGAGCUACGAGCUCCGGUCCUCUGAUCCAUGCUAUGCCCUCCCAGAGAGAGGUCAGGCGGAGGGAUCUGGUGAGUAGUGGUGUGUGUGCUUCGGCCGAACGCGUGCUAGCCCCUCUGAGCUACAAGGCUAACACUGGGUUUCCCACUCCAGGGGCUCGCCCCCCCCUCCAUGAGGCAAGAGCCAGGGGGGGGCGGAGCAGUCGAGUCACAUGGCAUGAGCAGACCCGUACUUAUGACGUCGGGCCUGCAGGACACGUGACCGCCCCCGGCGCACACGGUAUGACGCAGGGGGCCCCCCUACCCUUUCGUCUACCCCCCUUCCCUGCUAGGAACAACAGGAGAGGGCGGGGCUGUGACGUCUCGUGUUCCAGCUCCCGUUCCGCCCCUCACAGACUUCUACAGCAUCUGGAGGGAGCAGGGCUUACUGACGGAUCCGUGGCUGGAGAAGACAUUGCGCAGGGGUUACGCACUGCAAUUCUCCCAAAAGCCACCGCCAUUCCGAGGCGUACGGGCAGCACGCUCUCAGGUACGGGGGUCAUUAGUGGCACUACAAGCGGAGGUCUCCUCUCUGCUGAGUCGAGGCGCAGCAGUAGAGGUAGACCCACAGGACGCCACCAGGGGGCUGUACUCCCUUUACCUCUUGGUGCCAAAGAAGUCAGGCGGGGUGCGUCCCAUUUUGGAUCUGCGUUUUUGAACGAGUGCAUUUCCAAACGCCAGUUUCGGAUGCUGUCCACAAAACAGCUCCUCGAGUGUGUCAGGCAGGGAGAUUGGAUGUCCUCCAUAGACCUGACAGACGCUUACUUUCACGUGCCGAUAGUUCCGGAACACAGGAGGUUCCUGCGCUUCGCAGUGGGAGAGAGGAGUUACGAGUACUGCCGUUUCCCCUUCGGCUACGCGCUCCCGCCUCGGACCUUCUCAAAGUGCGUGGAGGCGGCACUGGAGCCGCUCAGACGCGCCGGGGUAAGAAUAUUAACCUAUAUAGACGAUUGGUUAAUACUGGCCUCAUCCAGGGAAGUGGCCGUGAGUCACACGCACUGGGUACUGUCCCACAUACAGCGCCUGGGCUUUGUGGUGAACAGGGAGAAGAGCAAGCUGCAACCGGCUCAGCGCAUGAUCUAUCUCGGCCUGCAGCUACACUCUGUGACAUUCCGUGCUGCAUUGUCCGAGGACAGACGGAGGAACAUUACCCGUCUAGCCAGGGAGGUUCUGGCGGGCCCCAGGGUCCCCGCUCGGCGCCUCAGGUCCCUGCUGGGAAUGAUGGCGGCGGCUCAUGCUGUGGGGAGGCUUAUCUGGGUUCCCCAAGUGGCAGCAUCGGACAUCAGGUUUUGGCUCACUCUGGGUCUAUUGCGGGACGGAGUGACUCUGGCCUGCGCCGUGUCUCACGUGGAGGUGUUCACGGACGCGUCACUCGAGGGUUGGGGCGGGGUCCUCGGCCAGAGCUCUGUAGGAGGCUGCUGGUCGGACUCAGCCCGCCACAUCAACCUUCUGGAGAUGGAGGCAGUACACAGGGUAUUGCUGCACUUUGCUCCUCAACUGCAGGGGAGACACGUGAUGGUGCGCUCAGACAACACCACAGUGGUGUCUUUUCUGAACAGGCAGGGGGGCACCAGGUCCCCCGCCCUCCAUCGCAUGGCGACGGUGACGCUGCUGUGGGCGGCGCUUCACCUUCUGUCCCUGAGGGCGCGCCACGUCCCGGGUGCCCGGAACGUGGGGGCCGACAGGAUGUCCAGGGGCGGCCCACUCCAGGACGAGUGGGGCCUGGCCCCACGGCCGCCCUUAGGUGUGGACGCCCUGGCUCACUACCCCUGGCCAGGGGGCCUGCUGUAUGCCUUUCCACCAGUGCGUCUCCUGCCGGUCCUGCUGCGGAGGAUCGAACAGGAGAGGAGGUCGGUGAUCCUGGUGGCUCCGGACAAUCCACAUGCCCGGUGGUUCCCCUUCCUGAGGGGCAUGGCGAGUAUUCAGGGGGCGAGGGCACCGUCCACUGUGAGGGCCUACGCCACGAGAUGGAGGCUCUUCAGCGGCUGGUGCGGUUCUCGCUCCUGGGAUCCCAGGCGUUGCCCGCUGGAGGGAGUCCUGGGACUCCUACAGGAACUUUUUGACAAGGGGAGGGCUGUCACCACCUUGGCGGUGUUCGCGGCAGCCAUUACCUCGGGUCACGACGGUUUCGGGGGGUUCACAGCCCGCUCUCAUCCGUUGGUUAAACGUUUUCUGCGGGGGGCGCGCAGGAGGAGGCCCCCGCUUCAGAGAAUGCCCCCGGUUUGGGACCUCAGGGUGGUCCUUAGGGGUCUGUCGGGCCCGCCUUUUGAACCGGCGGUGGGGGCGAGUCCCGAGUGUUUUGCUUUUAAGACUGCCCUCUUGCUGGCGUUGGCGUCUGCUAAGAGGGCGACUUGUGUGCGCUCUCCGUCCAUGCGUCUUGCCUGUCCUUUUGAGAGGGCGAUGGCCGGGUGGAGUUGUGGCCCAAUCCGGCUUUUCUCCCUAAGGUCAUCACGUCGGCCUUCAGGUCGAGAGUGA